AUUCCUCGUAUAAAUGAGAGCGUCCGCUGGUAGCCGCUCCGCCCAGACCGCCUCGUCACAGCCAUGCCGUGGGUGCGAGGAAUCGCCGUGCUGCUCCUGGGGUGUUUAUCCGCGGCCCAGGCGCAGGACUUGAUCUCGCUGCCGGCGCACGUCCUUCAGGACGGCCUGGCGACGGGCAUGGCCUUCGGCAACCGCACUUUGGCUCGCGUCUCCACCGCGCUGGGCACCCUGCCCUUGCCGUCGCUGCCGGGGCUGCCCAGCCUCAGUAUCCCGCCGCUGCCCAGCAUCAGCAUCCCACCUCUGCCGAACGUCAGGCUCCCGCCGCUGCCCAACGUCAACUUCCCCCCGCUGCCCAGCCUCAGCAUCCCCCCGCUGCCCAACCUCAGCAUCCCUCCACUGCCAGCGCUGCCGCGCCUGCCAGGCGUCGUGCCCGCCGUCCGCGCCAAGUUCAACGCGUCCCUGAGAACCACGCCGUGACGGCUGCGCGGCGGCGGUGGCGGGGCGGUAGCGCCCUGGCGCGGCGUCUGCGGGAGACAGCGGCGAAUGAAUAAUAGAUCUGAAGGCGUCGACGCGUUCGCUGCCAAGCAGGCCCGCUUUGUGCAACGCGCUGGCCGGCCGGACAAUGCCUGCAGACUGAUGCCGAGAGUCGUUUUCGUCGCUGUCUCUCUCGCACCUCUACGCGGAGCCCAUGCGAGCGAGAGCGACGGAAACGGCCCUCGGAAUCAGUCUGCUGGACGGCCAGCAGCGCGGUGGGCGGCACGGCGACAACAACCUGGCGCCUCGCUUCAGUCCGACCACAACUUUGUAGAAAGCCAAUAAAAAAAUGUCUCGGAAAA